AUGAAAAAAGAGAGAGAAAGGAUGAAUGCUAUGUUGACGGAGUUUCUAGAACAUGAUUAACAUUAGGAGAGGAACUUGUAACUGAAGGCUAGAAGGAAUCUAAUCAUGGAUUUAAAUAAAGGAAACAAAAGAUUUCAUUCCUUUGAACCAGAUUAAUAUAAUUUAACAGAUCCACUUAGUAAAGAUGCCAAAUUAUAUGCUUACAUGUUUAUGAAACCAAAUAACGAUGAUCCAAUCUUCAAACCAUCAAGUCAUUUGAAUGUCCUUUCUCAAAGUACUAGAUCUUAAAAGAAUUUUAAUAGACAUUAUUUGGCUUAUUUCAAUGAAUAACUCUGGCAUUCUAGAGAUAAAAGUUAAAAUGAAGAUUCAUCAUUUAAUUAGGUGUUAGAAAUGAAUAUUGAUAAUUUAUACAAAAGAAGUGCAAACCUUUAAAGUAAGAUCUUGAAUACUAAAUCUGAAAAGUUGGUUAGAAGAAUAAGACAAUUCUUGAAGGUCAAACAAUUAACCACAUAAAUAAUUAAAGUUAACGAAUUAAAACUCUUUAAAAUUAAAUUAUUAUGA